CCGUUCAGCUGAGACAUGAAGAGCUGCAAGGAGUGGCGGAGGGAGCGAGCGAGUGCACGAGCAACGGCUGGAAGUGCAUGAGAGUGCUAAGGAGGAAAACAGGUCGAGGAGUGAACGCGGAGGAGGGAGAGAGUGGAAGACAGAGCGAUAGGUGGAGCACCAAAAAAAAAAAAAAAAAAGAGGAGAGUGCAUCUGUUGACUUGCAUCUUCUACAGGACUGAGCCAGACAAAGGAGAAAUCAUGGCCAACAUCACUACCACUAUACACCCAAGUAAUCUCCCAUGGCACCCAGGGGCGGUCUCUCUCCCCCUUGUCUCCUUGCAGGUCCAGGAAGUGUACCCAUUCCAUGACGGCUGGAAUGUGGCGUGCUUCGUCAUCCUUCUGCUCUUCAUCCUCACUGUCCUGUCUCUGGCUGCCUUGGCCGUGCUCUAUGAGUUACUGGACUGUGGGUGUUGUGCCAAAGGGAAGACACAUCACCAGCUACAGGAGGAGGGGCCGGGAAGCUGCAGUAAGCUCAUGACCAGCAUUUGCAAGGAGCCAGAAUCCCACACUGAGGUGGUAUAGAGGCAGCAAUGAUGAAGAAAAGGAAUAGCAGGAAUUCGGGUGUCAUUGCUAAGUUGGGCAAUAUUACGGCACUGACCCCCUGAGGAAUGGACGUCUAAAACUGCGUAAUAGUAGUUCAAUUGCUCACAGUUUGGUGGAUGUGGAGGGAAGAGACAAGAUAAGGUAACGGAACAAUGUAAAGAAGAAGGGGGCAGUUUUUCACUGAUUUGGAGUGAGUCUAAUUACCGCUUCAGUUACAAAGGAAUCUUCACACAAUCCAGAUUCACUACCACUUAACACAGAGGGCAGACCAUGUAAGCCAUAUUUUACACCUGACAUAAUCAGGAGAUAAAGAGAGAGAGCACCUCAGUAGAAAUAGUAUUAGUAGUGCGGCCCAAUAAAAAAAAAUAAAAAAUACACAACACUGACAACACUUAAAAAUGAAGGCUGUGGCAGAAUGGAUUACACUGAGGUGGGACUUUUUUUCCUUUGUUUUCUUUGAUGGAGUAUAACGUUGCAUGGCCAAAACAUGUUAAAAUUAAAAACACCACUCAGCCUCAAUAUGAGUGAGUUUAAAAAACAGGUUCUCUUGCUCAGCGACAUUUGCCCUGUGAGUACUGCACGUACAAAUGAGUUUCUAUGAGACAUGGUAAAAUGUUGUACACAGACAGAAAAUGUUGUUGUUUCCCAAAAGGGCCUGCUAGGCAACAAAGAAACUGAUCAAGUUUGGUUGGACUUCAUCGUUGCUUUGGACAAAGCCUGUGUUUCUCUGUUCUUUAGUAAAUUUUGUGCCAGUGCCGUCAACAUGUUAAGCAUUGCAUUAUUAUUAUUAGAUGACAAAUUACACUUUGUUGCUGCACAGUGAUGUAUUUUAUCAUGUCAUAUUGAGCACAAUGUAUAAUUUCAUAUGCCUUACCACAAAAUGCCUAAUAAAUUGUCACUUAAUUAUG